GGAAAUCUUGUUUGCUCGGAGUCUCCGAACUGUGCGGUGACUUCUGAGCACCGAUCAAUACGUGUCUGUCCCGGCUCGGGGGCCCGGCCCAGCCCGGCGCGGCGCUCGGGGGCUGCGGGCGGCGGCGCGGGGAGCGCGCAGCUGGCGGGGAUGGCACUGUAGAUGUCCGUGUGUCUCAGAGACCUCUCCGAGAUGUCAGGUAUUAGUCCGGAGGGGCAGAUCUGCGAGCCACACAGCAGCUCCCGGGUCUACGGUACAUUAGGCUCUCCGUGGGAGAGGGAUCCCACACAGCUCUGCUGGGGAGCCAGCCCAGGAGAUUUGUUCGCGGGCUGCUCCGGGGGAUACCAGCCACCUCCGGCACCCGAGCGCCAAAGGUGCUUGUGCUGCUGCUGCUGCUGCUGCUGGCGCAUUUCAGCCAAACUCCAGCCAGAGCGAGGGCAAGUUGAGCCGGAGACAUUGGAGCCGCUGUGCUUUGGAGACGCCAGGGCGCACGGGGAGCGCGGCGGCACCAUGCCUGCUAUCAAGAAGGAGCGACUUGACAGAGAAGAGAUGGCCCUGGCAGCUUUCAACCAGCCCAUGGAAACCUUACCUGACUACCUCGCGCCUCUGGCCGCCGCUGCCAUUCCGGUGGUCACCCCGCACCCGCCGGCUUACGAGCAGAUCUUUGCCCACCGCGCGUACCUGGGCUUCCACGAGCCCCACCACCCCCACCCGCACCACCCCCACCACCUCCCCGAGGACCUGAUGCUGGAGAGGUUUUCCUCCAUCCCGGAUUUCCAGCCCUUCUUUGACAACGGAGAGCCUUGCAUCGAGGUGGAGUGCGGGGAGAACAAGGCGCUGCUCUACAUCAAUAAGUUGUGCCAAGGGAGCAAAGGACCCUCUAUCCGGUACCGGGGAGAGUGGCUCACCCCCAACGAGUUCCAGUUCGUCAGCGGCAGAGAGACGGCCAAGGACUGGAAGCGCAGCAUCAGGCACAAAGGGAAAAGUUUGAAGACUCUUAUGUCCAAAGGAAUCUUACAGGUACAUCCUCCAAUCUGUGAUUGCCCUGGGUGUCGAAUUUCGUCUCCAGUGAACCGGGGCCGCCUGGCAGAGAAGAGGAGCAUCCCGCUGCCCCCCAGCAGGCUCCCCAAAAAAGAGCUGGGCUCCACCUUCCCCCACAGCGAGGACAGCCAGGAGAGCGACCAGAGCAAUGGGCAGCAGCCCGAGGUGAAGCAGGAGGAGGACCUGCACAUCAGUAUCAUGAAAAGAAGGAUUCACACCCACUGGGAUCUGAACAUCUCCUUCCGAGAGACCUCUUGCAGCCGCGACAGCGACCUGUCCACCAUCAUCUCCAACCUGCACCAGAGCCGUCAGCUCGUUAUGCCAGAGAGCCAGAGCCGCUGUGAGUUCAAGAGGAACCCCCUGGACGUGGGGCUGGCAGCAGCAGAUGAAAUUUUAGGCAAGAGAAGAGUAUGUUCUCCCAACAGCAGCAGUGAGUGUCCUUUGGAGAGCAAGAAAGCCCGAAGUGAGUCCCCGAAGGAGACGUCGCAGACGCCGGUGCUGGAGGAGGUGGCGCAGAUGACCCCGGAGGAGCACUACAGGCGCAUGAUGUCGGCGCUCAACGAGCACGGCGCCUUCGAGGAGCAGCAGCAGCAGCGCCUCUACCAGCUGGCCAACAGCAUGGCAGUGCCCAGCCACGGAGAUCUGCUCCGGGCGCGGCAGGAGGUGGCGGCGGCGGCGGCGGCGCGGACCCCGGGCGCGAUGGAAGCGCACAUCCCCUCGGCCAGCAACUCGUCCAGCCAGCGCAGGAAGCAGGGCCUGCCCCAGCACAGGGACAGCCACUUCCCCGACAGGGAGAUAUCCCACCCACCGCCUCUGCUGUCGCCCCAGAACGCUCCCCACAUCGCCCUGGGGCCCCACCUGAGACCUCCCUUCCUCGGGGUGCCUUCAGCGCUGUGCCAGACGCCAGGUUACGGGUUCCUCCAGCCGGCACAGGCGGAGAUGUUCGCACGGCAGCAGGAGAUGCUACGGAAGCAAAACCUGGCCAGGCUGGAGAUGUCGGCCGAGCUGAUCCGCCAGAAGGAGCUGGAGACCCUGCACCGUCAGAGGCUGCUGGCCGGAGACCCCCUGAGCCUGCACCCGGGGCUGCCCCCGGACCACCCCGCGCUGCGCAGCGUGCACGACGUCCCCGAGGGCCACGCGCUGCGCGACGAGCUGUCCCGGCGCAACGCCAUGCUGGUGCUGCGGCACAACAACGCCCCGCUGCUGUCCCUCACCCCCGGCGGCCCCGGCGCCGCCACGCCGCCCAAGGAGCAGCCCCGGCGGGCGGGCGGCGGCCGCAAGGCCUCGCAGCCCCGCGCGGAGCCGCAGGGCCCCGGCGAGGCCCGCGAGCCGCGCGCCAGGGACGGGGCCCAGGACUGUAACGACGAGGAGAUGAAGGACUCGGAGAGCGACGCCGAGGCCGCCGAGGACAAGGCCGAGGCGCCGAAGGCCGAGGGCGGCUCGGCGGCGGAGCUCAAGGAGUGCAAGGACGGCGCGGGGAAGGCGUGCGAGGGGGCCAAGGAGGCGGGCGAGGCGGGCGCGGGCUCCGGCGUGGCCUGCAGCUCCUCCAGCGCCGAGUCCCCCAGCCACCUGCUGGGGCCCGGCAUGGGCAAGGCCGAGGUGAAAUACCUCCCUCCCGCCUCCCUGCCCGCGCCCCAGCCGCUGCCCUUCGGCUUCCCCUACACCAUGAGCCCCUACUUCCACGCAGGCACCAUGGGAGGUCUGUUUCUGGAUGGGGAGGAGAGCCCAGCGCUGGAGGACAUCAGCAAAUGGACGGUGGAGGACGUCUGCAGCUUCGUGUCCAACUUGUCUGGCUGCACUGAGUACACUCAGGUAUUCCGAGAGCAGGCCAUCGACGGGGAGACCCUGCCCCUCCUGACAGAAGAGCACUUACUGAACAACAUGGGGCUCAAGCUGGGACCUGCCCUGAAGAUCAGGUCACAGGUGGCCAAGCGCCUGGGCCGGGUGCUGUACAUGGCCGGCUUCCCGCUGGCGCUGCCGCUGCCGGCGCUGCGGGGCGCGGAGCGGGACGCGGCCCCGGGCGAGCCCCGGCCCGGCUCCCCCGGCAGCGCCGCCUCGCCCUUCGGCAGCGCCGCGCCCGCCAGCCGGAGCUCCCCGAGGCACGAGAACGGCAGCGCUGCCCUGCUCGGCGACAGCAGCAAAGCCCCGUCCUAACCGGGCAGGGGCACAGCGUGCUGGAGGAAGGGAGGGAUUGGAUUUUUUUUUUUUUUAAUUUUUU